CAAAUCUUACUAAUUUUCUUUAGAUAUCAAAUUUAUUAUUAUUAUUAUUAUUAUUUUGGAAUUCCGUCGGUAAGCAAUUCAAACUAUCGUGUUGAGCUUUGUUUGCGCCAAACCUAACCUACCUAAACCAACCCCGUAUUAAUCAUAUUGAGCAUGAUUUGGUCAUAUUGAGCAUUUGAAUUUGACUGUGUUAGUGGGUUAUAAUAAUUGAUGGGAUCUUGCUACUCGAAACUAGGGAAGGGAAACACUGAUAGUGAUAAAGCAGUAACACAGACUGAAAAGCAGCGUCGAGGUUCUUCUUCGGGGACUGGGAGGUGGAAUAAGAGCAAAGACGUUUUUCUUCUUAAGAAAAAACCCGCUCAUGAUGCCGAGCUACAUCAGAUUUCUGGUAGGAUCUUUACAAACGCUGCAACUAAAAUCGCCUGCUUGCAUACCCAACAGGGCAAGAAAGGAACCAAUCAAGACGCCAUGCUUGUUUGGGAGAAUUUCAGUUCAAGUGACACAAUAUUUUGUGGGGUGUUUGAUGGUCAUGGUCCCUAUGGUCAUAUGGUUGCAAAGAAAGUACGGGAUUCUCUUCCUCUUAUACUGUGUUCUCAGUGGAAAGCUAGUUCUACUUGUGACCAGGACAGCCCCAGGAACGCUAAUGGAAGCAUGAAUUCAGAGGAAAGUGCAUCACCAAGCAUGGAUGAUGAAUUGUUUCAAUCGUUGGAUGCUGAGGAUGAUAAGCUCCCCGAGAUGUAUCUGCCUCUUAAGAAGUCUAUAUUAAAGUCUUUCAAGUUAAUGGACAAGGAAUUAAAGCUGCACCCAACAAUUGAUUGUUUCUGCAGUGGGACAACAGCUGUGACCCUGGUGAAGCAGGGUCAGGAUCUUGUAAUUGGAAAUGUUGGGGAUUCAAGGGCAGUGCUAGCGAUGAGAGAUGAAGACAACUCUUUGAUUGCUGUACAAUUGACUGUGGACUUGAAGCCUGAUCUGCCAAGGGAGGCUGCAAGAAUCCAGCAAUGCAAAGGAAGGGUCUUUUCAUUGCAAGAUGAACCAGAGGUUGCCCGCGUAUGGUUACCUAAUAAUGAUUCCCCUGGUUUGGCAAUGGCUAGAGCUUUUGGAGACUUCUGUUUGAAGGAUUUUGGUUUAAUUUCUGUACCAGAUAUUUACUAUCGACAUCUUACCAAAAGAGAUGAAUUCAUUAUUCUUGCUACUGAUGGGGUUUGGGAUGUCCUUUCCAAUAAAGAAGCUGUAGAGGUUGUGGCUUCAGCCCCGAGUCGUGCUACAGCAGCUAGAGCUCUUGUGGACUGUGCUGUUCGAUCAUGGAGGCUUAAGUAUCCUACCUCCAAGAAUGAUGAUUGUGCAGUUAUAUGCCUAUUUCUAGAACAUGUAUCAACAUUCAAUGGAUCUGUGGAUGAUUACAGUCCAAAAAACACUGCUGAUGUCUCAGUACAAAUGGUGGCUGUCACUGAUGAGAAAAAUGGGGCUGUGGAAAUCAAUGACAAUUCUCAUGCUCUGGUCGUUGAGAAUUUGGGAACUUUACAAGAUUUUAAUGAGAUUGUGCCUGUAUCUGAGUCAACAGGAAAAAUUCUGGAGAAGAGCCAGGGUGAAUCGAAGAGGAGCCUAGCAGAGUGCAUCACUGUUGCAGAGGAUGAGGAGUGGUCAGCUUUAGAAGGUGUUACCAGGGUUAAUAGUCUGUUAAGCAUUCCCAGAUUCUUAUCCAGUGACAAAAGAUUAGCGAAUUGGAGAAACUGGUUGUGAAAUUCCAAAUCUUUGAAGUACUGGGGAACACUGAUGGGGAGACCACUGUAGGUGUGCUGUUGGCAAAUGUAUAUCAGUGAGCCACCCUUGGUCAAAGCUAGAAACUAACUUAGUGGGUUCCCUAUUGAAAAUGUUGCCGGGCAGAUUUUGUGUGUUGCUACUCUUUUGAGUGUGUUUUGUGGAAGUCAUAUGAUGUUUGGUGAGAUUGAGCUUUCCCCUGUAAACUUUUGUGUUUUGAAAUUCGCCUGAUGAACAUUUAUUCGCAGAAUUCACAGACAGAACAACAUGCGCUUGCUUUGCU